AUGCAGGCGCAUGUGACAACUGCUACAAGUCGAAGCCGCUUGAAGGCCGUCGAGGAGCGUAUCGGUGAGAUGAAUGACUCGCUCGCCGAGGUCGUCGCGCUGCAGCGCGAGACUCUUCGCCGCACCGAGGCCGCUGGCGCCGCCACCGCUGCUGCGGGAAAGGAGCGCUUCGUUCCCCCAACCACACACUACGUGCGUCCCCCACCACCGUCUGCUCCGGGUCCGCCAUCGCCCACUCGGUUCUGGCGUCCCCCUCCUCCUACUCCUCCACCUCCUCCACCUCCCCAACCUGUGUGGCGAGACUACGAGCCCGAGCGCACCGAAGAGCCUCACUCCGGCGAGCCAGGUUCCGGCUCCUUGUCCGAUGCGGAGAGCGAUGGGCCUCUCGAGCCGCCCGCAAUCGUGUACAACAACAUGCUCAGUCUGGCAGAGGCAGCCCGCCUGCGCGAAGAUGGGAGCUACGACACCUACGACGAGACGCGCACCUUCCCUGCUUCCUCUGGCGCCGAUCCCGUCGAGCAAAGCGGGAAGCGUGGGCGCCGCGACUCGCUCAUCCUCCGUGCUGCACCUCAGCAGCGCGGGUCGCAUGCCGGCUUUAAGGACCCCAUAGAACUCGGUUGGUGCUCUGCCGCCCAGGGCGAGCGUCUUUUCAACGUGUUCUUUGAAGGCGCGUCGGACUAUGUGCCCAUCUUCGACCCGGAGACGGACACAUGGACCAGCCUGCGCGAGCGAUCGCCGUUCGCUAUCACUGCGCUGAUUCUUGUCGGAGCCAAGAUCGAGGACGCGGGGAAGGAGCCGAGCGAGCUUCAGCGCAAGUGCAAGGAGCAUGCGGAGAAUAUGGGCAUGCACACUCUGUUCACACCCGUGGCACGCAUUGAAGUGCUGCAGGCCAUGCGCCAUGCGCUGCGAAUCGCGUACGCUAGACAAUACUGGCACAUGGAAGCUCACUUCAGCAUCGACAUGGGUUUGUAUCGCUGCCUUCCCUACCUCGUGCAGUCAGGGAUGGGCGUAGGCAAGACUUCAGCAGAGCUCGAGAGCGAGCGCUCUUCCGUGAUCGGGGCGCGGUGCUGGCUGGCUGUGUACAAGUCCGAGUUCGAGAUGGCUUUCAACCUCGGCCGCCCCGGUCUCUUCUCAGCGGAAGACACGAUCCGCCACGGCCGUGCCUUCCUCUUACACCCUCUCACCAACUCGGCGGAUGCGCGCCUCGUCGCAGUCUGCGAGCUGCUCACGCUUCGCAUGCCGAUGCACCAGCCCUUUAGUCUGUGGCCGAGCACGGCCCGCAUUCCCGACCUGGAUGCACGUAUUGCAGAGGCAAACGCCGAGUUCGACACGUGGUUCAAGCAUUGGGACGAGUGGUUCGAACAGCGAGCUGCCCAUCUUCGCCUGGCCCAAGUCAGUGCCGGUACUUUGGUGCAGAUGGCACUUCGUGGGAGCUCGUACGCCGACAACUUCGCCAAAGCGAACCACUACACGCACGUCGGGAUCGCGUUCGCGGCACGCAUGCAGAUCCGUCUCGCCUCUCUCCUGCCCGAGAACCUGGACCUGGCCGCGGCCGCGCGCGACCUCGAGCUGCUGACCGAGCGUCUAGCACAAGUGCCCGGCUUCACCUUCGCGCGGCUGAUACGCGACGUCCUGCUCCGCGCGAGGCGUAGGCGCGUCCUGCCUCCGAUUGAGGAGAUGGACCAGCCCACAAGUUCCCGCUUCAGCGGGCGUUUCGAGCGCCACACCCCCGCCGAGAGCCGCGCGCGCCUCGAGCCACUCCCCCCCCCCCCCCCUCCCACGCCUCAGAUGCUCGCUGCGCCGUCCCCGGCCUCGGCGUCUGCGCCCUCCCUCAGUCCCGCCGCAUCGACACUCGACUCGACGCUCUUCUCUGGCUCGCCCAAACUGCCACAGGUGUAUGGGGCCGAGGCCGUCCCGGCCCUCGACUUCAUGUACGCCGAGCAGCUGUGGCCCAAGGAGCCUGGCGCCGCAGAUUUCGCCCUCGAUGCGUGGUUCCCCUUCCCUCCGCUUGGUGAGCUAUCUAGCGCUGUUGACGAGCUGACUCCAGACUCUGACAUUCACGACUCGUUCGCUCUGUAA